UUCCCCUUCUUUCGAGCAACGUGCCUCGGAACCCGUUCGCCCCCAUCAACGAUUUCGAUGGAGAGGCACCACGAUAACCCCGCGGUGGGCAAUCCCACCGCUAAUAGCGACACAGACGACAACCAAAGUGUCGGCGAUGUCGUCCCGGAAAUGAACCCCAAGGUGUCCACCUACCGUCUGCCCCGCUUUAGCUCUCGCCGUCUCAGUUCCAGUAGCUCUAUGGGUGACUACGACAGACUACCGCGUACGAAAAGUAUGUUCCCGGAACCACAGCAACUCACCAAGGACGACCUCACCAGUGCCGAUGCACUGAUGGCCGACGGUGUUUUCACAAUGAAUUCGACCUUGUCGACGGUCAUUGAGAACGCUCUCGGUCACCCGAUCCCCGGUCUCGAGGUGCGCUUCCGCAACCUGGAAUUGUCGGCCGAAGUACCGAUGAUCAAGGGUGGUGAGCUGGAAGUCCCGACGCUGAUCAACCAGGUGCAGCAAGGUCUCAGCAAUAUGUGCUGCAGCUCCAACAAAAUGACAGUAGAGAAGAAGAUCCUGCGUGGCGUGACUGGUUCUUUUAAGCCAGGCCGCAUCACCCUCGUGUUGGGCCAACCCGGAUCAGGCAAGUCCUCGUUGAUGAAGGUGCUCGCCAACCGGUUCCACAUGGACACAAACAUUACUCUAACCGGUGAGAUCGACUAUAAUGGUAAAGACCGCGGUAGUUUACUCAAGGAACUUCCUCGCUACGUCGCCUACGCCAACCAGAUCGACGACCACUACCCUCGCUUGACAGUCCAGGAAACCUUCGAGUUCGCCCACCGCUGCUGUGCCGGAACGGGCAUGGAACCCUGGGCCGUCGAGGCUCUGAAGAACUGCACACCUGAACAACACGACCACGCUGUGGAUGUUCUCAAUGCUCACCACAAGUUCGCAGCCGACCUGACGGUCAAGAAGCUUGGCCUCCACAAUUGUAAGGACACUGUCGUGGGUAACGCCAUGCUUCGCGGUGUCUCUGGUGGUGAACGCAAGCGCGUGACCACGGGCGAAAUGAUGUUUGGUAUGAAGCGUAUGCAGUUACUAGAUGAGAUCAGUACAGGUCUGGAUAGUGCUGCUACCUACGAUAUCUGCAAGUCCAUGAAGAGUGCUGCUCGCAACUUCAACGCCACCGUCGUGAUCUCGCUGCUUCAGCCGUCACCGGAAGUGUUUGAGCUGUUCGACGACGUGUUGCUGAUGAACGAAGGCACCAUCAUGUUCCACGGUAAACGCGAAGACGCUGUGCCGUACUUCGAGAACAUGGGCUUCCACUGUCCGCCUCGUAAGGAUGUGGCCGACUUCCUGUUGGACUUGGGAACCAACAAACAGGACGCCUACGUCGUCGGAGGAAACGUGCCGUACCAGUCCGAGGAAUUCGCUGCCCGUUUCCAGCAGUCAAGUAUCUUCCACAACACGCUGAAGCAACUCGAUGCUCCUGUGGAGGAGACGAUGGUGUUCGCCGACUUUACGCCGUUCCGUCAAACGUUCAACGAGGACUUGUCGACGCUAUUGAAGCGUGAGGUGACGCUCACGAUGCGUGACACGACGUACCUUAUGGGCCGCGCCGUCAUGAUUAUCGUCAUGGGUCUGCUGUACGGCUCCACUUUCUGGCAAAUGGACGACUCCAACAGCCAAUUGAUCCUGGGUCUGCUGUUCUCCGUCGCCAUGUUCCUGUCCAUGAGUCAGGCAUCGCAGGUAUCGACGUACAUCGACGCGCGCUCGAUCUUCUACAAGCAACGCGGCGCCAAUUUCUUCCGGACCAGCGCGUACGUGCUGGCCACGUCCAUUUCGCAGAUCCCGUUGAGUAUUCUCGAGACGGUCAUCUUCGGCGCCAUCACGUACUGGUUCGGCGGAUACGUGGACGAUGUGGGCCGCUUCAUCGUGUUCCUGGUCACGCUGUUCCUGUGCCAGAUGUGGUUCACGAGCUUCUUCUUCUUCCUGGCCGCGGCGUCGCCCAACUUGACGAUCGCUCAGCCCAUGAUGAUGGUGGCCGUGCUGUUCUUCAUGCUGUUCGGAGGUUUCUUGAUCUCCAAGGGCGACAUCCCGGACUACCUCAUCUGGAUCUACUGGAUCGACCCGCUCGCGUGGGCUAUUCGGUCGCUGAGUGUCAACCAGUAUCUGGCGGAUAAGUUCGACGUGUGUGUGUACAACGGCAUUGACUACUGCGCCCAGUAUGAUCUUACUGUCGGCAAGUACAGCCUCGGCGUGUUCGACUUGCAGACGGAGUCCGCGUGGAUCUGGUACGGCUGGAUCUACUUCAUCGCUGGCUACUUCGCGUUCGUCUUCAGUUCUACGGAGGUGUUCAACCUGUUCGACUCGCUCCUUUUGCUUCGUCGUGGUGGUCGCAUGGUGUUCUUCGGUGAAUUGGGCAAGGAGUCCAAGAAUUUGAUCAACUACUUUGAGGCAUUCCCUGAAGUAAACCCGAUCAAGCCUGGCUACAACCCCGCUACGUGGAUGCUCGAGUGUAUUGGUGCUGGUGUUGGCGGAGGCAAGGCUGCUGCUGGCGCUGAUCCGACGCAGCCGAUGGACUUCGCCGAUCGCUUCUUGGUGAGUGACCAGAAGGCGUUGAUGGAGGAGGAUCUCGACCAGGCAGGCGUGCUGUACCCGUCUCCGCACCUGCCUGAGCUCAAGUUCGACACCAAGCGCGCGUCGAACUCAGCCACUCAAUUCGAUCUGCUGUGCCGUCGCUUCUUCCGCAUGUAUUGGCGUACACCGACAUACAACCUCACGCGUCUGAUGAUCAGCGUCGUGCUCGCCUGCGUUUUCGCUAUUAUCUACCAGGGAACCGACUACAACACGUACAGUGGAGCGAACGCCGGCAUUGGUCUGAUCUUCGUGAGUACCGUCUUCUUGGGUAUCAUCAGCUUCAACAGUGUCAUGCCUGUGGCUGCCGACGAACGUACAGCCUUCUACCGUGAACGUGCAUCGCAGACCUACAACGCGUUGUGGUACUUUGUUGCUGGUACGCUUGUGGAGAUCCCGUACAUCUUCUUUUCGAGUCUACUGUUCACGGUUAUCUUCUACCCGAGCGUCGGCUUCACUGGUUACAUUACGUUCUUCUACUACUGGCUCGUGGUCUCUAUGAAUGCUCUGGUCUUCGUGUAUCUCGGCCAGUUGCUGGUGUAUGCUUUACCUAGUGUGGCCGUCGCGACUACGCUGGGUGCUCUACUCAGUUCCAUCUUCAUGCUGUUCGCUGGCUUCAAUCCGCCCACAGGAAGCAUCCCGGAUGGCUACAUGUGGGUCCACUGGAUCUCGCCACCGACGUACAGCAUUGCUAUCCUGGUCGCGCUGGUCUUUGGUGAUUGCUCGGGCGACAAGGUGGGUUGUGAUUCCAUGCAGGAUGCACCACCUACGAUCGGUGACAUGACCCUCAAGCAGUACGUCGAGGACACGUUCGACAUGAAGCACGACGACAUCUGGAGAAACGCCAUGAUCCUCAUCAUCCUCAUCGUGGCUUUCCGCGUCUUGGCGCUGAUUUCUCUCCGCUACAUUAGCCACCUCAAGCGUUAA